AUGUCGGCAGAUCAUCCAGCCAUGGCAACUGAAGAUGUAAACGAGCUUCCGAGAGCUGAAGACGGUGUUAACUCAGCCACGGCGACUGAAAAUGCAAACGAACUUCCAAGAACCGAAGAAAACAGUCGGUACAAUUGGCGAUCCAUAAAAAACCGGCUAGAGAUGCUCCCACCACCAGGGUAUCAAGAGCCAUCAGAUGAUAAGCUUUUAAAAAUUUGGGGGGUGAAAAAAGUGUUCAAGCGUGAUUUGACGGUCUUUGAGAGCUGGGCUUUAACUUUUACGACCAUCAAUUUCGUCUCCGGUCUAGCCUCUCUCUUUGGCUGGGCGGUAGUUAUUGCUGGUCCAAAAGCUGCCUUCAUUGUCUGGUUGGUCGUGGGAUGCCUGGCGGUUAUUGUCAGUCUAUCUAUGGCCGAAAUUGCUUCAUCUCUUCCGGUCGCAGGUGGAAUAUACUUCUGGUCAACCCAACUAGGCGGCAAUCAUGGGCGAUUCCUUUCAUGGCUGACUGGGUGGUGGAACUGGACUGGAUGGAUCCUUGUUGUCCCUGCAUCCCAAAUUUCUGCGACAAGGUUUCUCAUCUCCGCUUUUGAAGUUCUCCUUUCACCAAAAGGGAUUGAGCCGUGGUUCGGGGAAAAGGAAUCUUUGAGGAGAGGAGGAGUCACAACAGGGCUCACUAUGGCACUUUUGACAUUAGCUUUUCUCAUUAACAUUUCGCAUCGGAAACUCAUUCGUCUUUAUUUCUGUCUUGCCACAUUAAUAUUCAUAUUCCUAUCUGGCAAUUGCAAGGUUAACACCGAGGCGUUCCACGAAACGCAUAAUGGAAUCAAUACAAAUACUAAGAAUCACCUUUCAGGUGGCUACGCUGGGGUUGUCUCGUCUUUAUACCCAUUCUGGGUCUUUUUUGGCUUUGAUGCUAGUGUCCAUAUUUCAGAGGAGACCAAGAACGCCAGUAAGAAUGUUGCAAGGGGAAUGUGGUGUGCUACGCUCUUAGCCUACUUCCUUUCUAUCCCGAUACUUUGUGUGCUCUUUGCCUCAGUUUCAAACCUAGAAAGUAUCUAUACUGAGCAAUACACCAAUGACUGGGCCGAAUAUCUCAUCCAAAUCGUCGGGAAAAAAACCACGGGUUGUGUUGUUUUGGUCUUCUUGUGGAUUAGCGGGACAUUCACCGCAACGAGUUCCUUCAUGUCAGCCCAGCGCGUCACGUAUUCCCUAGCCCGCGAUGGUUUUCUCCCAUUCAGAAGUUUUUUAAUGCAUAUCAACAAGACCAAGAACAUACCAAUUCACGCCGCAAUUCUUGUAUACGGCUCAUCGAUACUCUUAUCUCUGUUUGCUAUGCUGCCGAAGAUUCCUUUGCAAGUCCUCGGAGCUUCUUCAGCUAUGGCCCUCAACAUCUCUUACCUGUUCCCAAUCCUCUUGCGACAAUUCAACCAAAAAGAUUUUACCCCAGGCGCCUUCAGGCUGGGCUUACUAAGUCCUUACUUCGCAGCAGCAUCUUGUUUGUAUAUUGUCUUUUUGGUCCUGGUGCUUUUUUUUCCUCAACAAUGGCCAGUAGAAGCGUCAAAUUCUAACUAUGGGUCGUGGUUGUUAGUUCCAGCCAUCACAACACUUUCGGUGGGUUCAUGGUGCUGGUUACCUUGCGUGAAGGAGGAGGGCGGAUGGAGGUUUAAUCAUGGAGCAGUCAAAUGGUUCGAAGGACCCCGGCAAAUGAAAAUCGGCCAAGAAGAGGAGAAUGGAAGGAGAGAAGAACCUGAGACAGAAGAUCCCAAUAAACAACUAAGUGUUGUAGGUCGGAGGAAUUUAAGCAGGGAAAACCAGGGUAACUUUCAGCCUCCCACCGUUCCCAAUACCCUCCCACCUCAACAAGCUGAGAGACCGCAAGUACCGCCACUUUCAUCACUAACUCCUCCGCAGUUUGAUCCUCAAACGUUUCUCGCGCUCCCACCAGAGCAACGCAGUCUCAUCUUGAUGAACGCAACUGCACAGAGUAGGCGGAGAAACCGCAGCAUGAGAACACAAUUACUGGGACUGGCUUCUGAGCUAGCUGAAGAGCAAUGCAGGGACUCGGAAAUGGCUCGCAAGUUAGAAAUGGAGUUGUUUAUUGAAUUUAUAGAGCUCAGAUUCCUUUUUGGGAGAUCGGAUCAAUAG